GCAUCUCAUCAUAGUCAUUGUCCAAAGUCUCUAAACCACAUUCUCACCUGUCCCACCAAAAUUUAUUUCCUCUAAAUCCACUCCGUUCGUGACGGCCGCGUUAAUCUCCAGCGGUUUCUCCACUGUCACAAAACCCUCAAAUCCAACCAUGCUCUCCUCCAAAUCUCGCCGGAAGGUCGUUCCCGCCGCCACAGACGGCGGCGACUCCGCCGACAAACUCGACCAACUCCUCCUCUCCGCCUCCAUCUGCAACGGCGAAGACUUAGGCCCCUUCGUCCGCAAAGCCUUCGCCUCCGGCAAGCCCGAGACUCUCCUCCACCAUCUCCGCCACUUCUCCAAAUCCAAGGAGGCUGAGAUCGAAGAUGUCUGCAGAGCUCACUACCAGGACUUCAUCAUUGCCGUCGACGAUCUCAGAUCUCUCCUCUCCGACGUCGAUUCGCUCAAAACCUCUCUCUCCAACUCCAACACUCAAUUGCAGUCCGUCGCUGGUCCUCUCUUGUCUUCUCUCGAUUCCUUCGUUGAGGCUCGGAAUGUCUGCAAGAACGUCAAGCUCGCUCUCGAUUCGGUUCGGACUUGCGUUCAAUUGAUCGAGCUUUGUUCGCGAGGUAAUCUUCAUCUAUCUGCCAACAAUUUUUACAUGGCGUUGAAGUGUUUGGACUCGAUCGAGAGAGAAUUUCUCGACAAAACGCCGAGUUCCACGCUUCGGAUUAUGCUGGAGAAGAAGAUCCCGGCGAUUCGAUCGCACAUCGAGCGGCGAGUCAACAAGGAGUUCGGUGAUUGGCUCGUCGAGAUCCGUAUAGUGAGUCGUAAUUUAGGGCAACUCGCGAUCGGACAAGCCUCGGCGGCGAGGCAGAGAGAAGAAGAGCUGAGAAUGAAGCAAAGGCAAGCAGAGGAACAGAGUCGACUCAGUUUGAGAGACUGUGUUUAUGCUUUGGAAGAAGAAGACGAUGAUGGAUUUGGUGGAAUUGGUGAUGAAGGCAAGGAUGGUUACAGCAAUGGUGGGAGUGGAAUGUUCGGAUUUGAUUUGACUCCUCUCUAUAGAGCUUAUCAUAUACACCAGACACUAGGGCUCGAAGAUCGGUUCAAACAGUAUUACUUCGAGAACCGAAAGCUUCAAUUGACUUCGGAUUUUCAGGUAUCUUCGAUGACACCUUUUCUGGAAUCUCAUCAGACAUUUUUUGCUCAAAUUGCUGGUUUUUUUAUAGUUGAAGAUAGAAUUUUGAGGACUGGAGGACGAUUGAUUUCCAAAAUGGAAGUAGAAAACUUGUGGGACACAGCUAUGAGUAAAAUGUGUUCUGUAUUAGAAGAUCAAUUUUCUAGGAUGCAAACAGCAAAUCAUUUGUUGUUGAUAAAGGACUAUGUGAGUUUGCUUGGUGUAACUUUGCGGCAAUAUGGGUACCCUGUUGAUGCUUUGCUUGAUGUAUUAAGCAAGCACAGAGAUAAGUACCAUGAGUUAUUGCUAUCUGACUGUCGUAAACAGAUUGCGGAAGCACUUACUGCUGAUAAAUUUGAGCAGAUGUUGAUGAAGAAAGAAUAUGAGUAUUCGAUGAAUGUGCUUUCAUUUCAGUUACAAACUUCUGAUAUAACACCUGCAUUUCCGUAUGUUGCACCAUUUUCUUCCACAGUUCCAGAUUGUUGUCGAAUAGUGAGGUCGUUUAUUGAGGACUCAGUGAGUUUUAUGUCUUACGGUGGGCAGCUUGAUUUCUAUGAUGUUGUGAAGAAGUAUUUGGACCGGCUUCUGACUGAGGUGCUGGAUGGGGCAUUGUUGAAGCUUAUUAAUACAUCCAUCCAUGGGGUCUCUCAAGCCAUGCAAGUGGCAGCAAAUAUGGUUGUAUUGGAGCGUGCUUGUGAUUUCUUUUUUCGUCAUGCAGCACAGCUCUCGGGCGUUCCUUUGAGAAUGGUGGAGAGGAGUAGGAGGCAGUUUCCACUGAACAAAGCCCGUGAUGUUGCUGAAGAGAUGCUUUCUGGGUUGCUUAAACAAAAGGUUGAUGGCUUCAUGACGUUGAUUGAGAAUGUAAACUGGAUGGCAGAUGAGGCUCCUCAAAGUGGGAAUGAAUAUGUGAAUGAGGUGAUUAUAUAUUUGGAAACUUUGGUUUCUACUGCGCAGCAGAUAUUGCCAGUUCAGGUUCUUAAAAGAGUUAUACAAGAAGUUCUUUCCCACAUAGCAGAGAUGAUUGUUGGUGCUUUACUUGGGGAAUCCGUUAAGAGGUUUAACAUAAAUGCCAUUAUGGGUAUUGAUGUAGACGUUCGGUUGUUGGAAUCAUUCGCAGAAAAUCAGGCUCCUCUUUUAUCAGAUGCUGAUGCAAAUCAGUUGAAAACUGCACUUGUUGAGGCAAGGCAAUUGAGUAAUUUGCUUUUGAGCAGCCAUCCAGAGAAUUUCCUCAAUCCAGUGAUCAGGGAAAGAAGUUAUAAUUCUUUGGACUACAGGAAAGUAGUGAUUAUUUCAGAAAAAUUAAAGGAUCAGCCAGAUAGGCUAUUUGGAACCUUUGGAUCUAGGGCAUACAAGCAGAACCCAAAAAAGAAGUCUCUAGAUGCAAUGAUAAAAAGACUCAAGGAUGUGAACUGAUUUGAUACAUUACUGUGCGUACGUCCUAGUACUUUUAACUAUUCUUUCUGCUGAUUGUGAUUGUCAUUACUUCAUAGUUGUUCAUUGCUCAAUAAUUUGCUAGCCCUAAUACCCGUUGUGAAUUGUCGUCAUCUUAUUGUGUCCUGAGAUAUGCAAAUUUCAUUCUGCAUGUAUUGCCCUGACUAUGCUAUUGGUUGUUGUAUUUAAUUCUUUUGAUCAAUAUUAGUGGAUAUUUUGUUGCCUCUAACUUCCUACAUUCUUGGGAAGAUGUUACAGGCCUA